UCCUCUCUCCCCACUCCUUCCCCGGUCGCCGCCGGCCACCGGUCCUCCCAUCAGCACAGUCCCCCUCCCCAAUAUUCCCCCGUUCAUCUACUCUCCCAAAUCCCACCUGAUUCCCACCCUCAUUCCAGCAGCAUGUCCAGAGCUCUAGCGCGCCGCGCGGUUCCCCCAUUCCUGCGGCUGCGCUCCACGGCGUUCGACGACGGGCACUGGAUGGGCCGCCUGGACCACAAGGACUGGCUCGCCCCGAACGAGGUCCUCAAGAUCUUCGCGAGCAUCCGGGACGCCGGUCUCAUAACCAGCGUCUUCAAGAAAGCGUGCGCCCGGAGGGACUACAAGCCCAGCGAGGCCCUCUACAGCCUGAUGAUCGACCGGCUCGCCGGUGCCAGGAGGUUCGGCGACGUGGAGGAGCUGCUGGCCAGGGCCAGGGUCGAGAAGUUCAGGUUCUCCGAUGAGUUCUUCUACAGGCUCAUCAAGAUGUACGGCAACGUGGCCAACCAUCCCGAGAAAGCCAUGGAGACGCUCUACGCGAUGCCCCGGUACAACUGCUGGCCUUCGACGAAGACGUUCAACUACGUUCUCCACAUGCUCGUGUGCAAGCGGCAGUACGAGGUUGUCCAUGAGGUGUACGCAAGCGCGCCGAGGUUGGGCGUGGCGCUGGACACCUGCUGCUUCAACAUCCUUGUCAAGGGUUUGUGCCAGUUCGGCAAGUUCAACGAGGCCAUCUCGCUGUUGGAUGAGAUGCCGAAGCAGGAGUGUCUGCCCAAUGCGAAGACCUACUCGACGCUGAUGCAUUUCCUUUGCCAGAAAGGUCAGGUGGAUGACGCAUUUGAGCUGUUCGAGAGAAUGCGUAAGGAGGAAAUUGAGGCAGAUACAGUUGUUUACAAUAUAUUGAUCUCUGGUCUGUGCAGAGAGGGAAGGGUGACCGUUGCGUUUGAUCGGUUUAAGUCGAUGUCGUCUGAAGGCUGCCAUCCCAAUUCAGGGACUUAUCAGGUGCUUCUUGAUGGCCUUGUGGCCUCGAGAAUGUUCGUGGAGGCAAAGGGCCUGGUUGGCAUGAUGAGUGCAGAAGGUCUGAGGCCUAGUUUCUCAUCGUACAAGCUGCUAAUUGAUGGCCUUUGUAGUGUUAACUGCUUAGAUAAUGCACACUAUGUGUUGAAGCUAAUGGUAGACCAUGGUUUUGUUCCUCGGAUGGGUACUUGGACAAAACUUCUUACAUCCGUAUGCUAAAAUGUAUUUUCAGGCUAGUGAUUUUGUGGACCUGACAAUACAGCUGAACAGGGUGCUUGUUCUGUUACUGGAACCAGUCGACCAACCAGCCUGUCUUUUCUUAGUAGACAUACAUAUUGAUCUUCUUUUAUGGGAAGUUUGGAACAUCAGGGUUGAGAAUGUCCAAGAUCUGUUUACUAAUGCCUCAUAUACUGAUGCACAUUGCUAACUUGUUGGCUUUGCUUCUAAUAUCAAUAUCAGUCCAGAUUCCACAUUCUCAAUCUUAAAUGUGAAAUGUCGAAGACCUUCACUUCAGUCUGCUGAUAUUUUUCUUUGGACCUUACUGCUAUUGAAAGCCAGCCAAACCUCCCCAAUAAAACAAACCCAGGCAAACAGUAUGGAAGAUGCAUGCCGUGAGCAAAGGAACUGGAUGGCAUUAUCAUCUGAAGCCUAACCUGCGAAGAACUGUACCACCUCAUAUCUGGAGAAAAUAGUUACCCUGGUAUUCAAAUCAUGUUGAUGGAGGCUAACAGUAACAAUGAUGGGAAGCAGCACGUCCAUACCUAGACCGUGUAAACUGUGAUUUGUCGACUGCCCUGUAUUACAGAAAUCUUCAGUAAAACUGCAUCAAGGGGAACCGUGGCAGAAUACACGCUCGCGGCGCGGGCUGCGAAACCAUGACCUAAUUCAAUUUUUGUUUAUGAGGUAUAAUCUUGCGUUAUUGGCAUUGUGGAAGGCAGUGCCUGAUGUGUCACGUCUCAUGGAUCCAAGAGGCUGGCGAUGCACAUUUCCUGUGCCCAUUUCCGUUUGCCCGUUUCAAGCUGGGUUCUGGCCGGAGACAAAUCCGUGACGCCCGCACCCGACGCGUGCCUUGAGCCAGCUGUUAUGCCUACCUGAAACCUGAGCGUACACCGGACAGGGUGAGAGCUGUGUCCAUGUUCAGUGACCUGGUGUACUUGAGGUUGCGGUCCCAUGAGGCAGCGGCCACUGGCAGCGAAAAACACAACUCAGCAAUUUGCAUGCUGCUGUCGAGCGAUGAGCCGAUGAUGCAUGAACUGAUGGUGAUGUAGCAGAAUUAUAAGUGCUUGCGCUGUAGUUCUACUUCGGAAGAUGGACUUCUGCUGCUCAGCUCCUGGGAAGGUGUCGUGCAGCCAGAAUCAGGCAUGUGCUCGAGCUGUACUCAUGGAGUGCACUGGGGCGCUGGGAAGUUGAGGUUCUGUCUGCUUCCGCUUUGUCCAGCCAUCACAUCCGGCGUGGCAGCGUCCUGCACUCUGGAACGCGAUUUCGCACCUAAUUCCGGCGCGCUCGUCACUGCAUCCUUGUAGACACGCACCACUGUCCACUGGCGGAGCAGGAUCAUUCCAGCCCGAUCGUACUGUUGAGUUUUUUUUCCCGAAGAAGAUACACCGAUCUAUUAAUAAUCAGCAUCAGUUGUAUAAGGAACAUCAAAGGUAAUAAAAAUUAUAAAUAGGUCGAUGGAUCACCUAGUGACGAUUGCAAA